AUGAAAAUCGAACACACUUUCUCCUCCGUUGCACACCCUCAAGGCAAUGGGCAGGUGGAAAGCGUGAACAAGUGUAUCGUCGAUGGGAUAAAGGCCCGACUGGGUACAAAGCGAAGAGGCUUGGUGGAUGAGCUCCCGAGUAGCUUGUGGGCUCACCGAACCAUGCCAAAGACAAGUACCAGCGAAACCCCUUUUAGCCUAGUCUAUGGCUCAGAAGCGGUUAUCUCGGCGGAAGUUGGCCUGCCCUCUCCGCGCUUGACAGUAGUCAACGCAAUCGACAACGAGGUAGAGCGACGUCUUGACUUGGAUUUGCUAGAAGAAAGGCGCGAAAUCGCGUGA